CGAAAUUCGUCAAAAAUCACUUAUUUUACUAUUUAAAUGAAAUAACAUUCUACCACAUACUGGUACCUGAUUAUUUGUUUGAUAAAGUUGUUUAACCUCAAGGUUCAUUGCAUUAGCUCGUUUUUUGGAGCUACACAGUGUGUGCGGAGAUACAGUACGUUAAAAUAGAUGCAACUGGAAGUGUGUUCAAUCCGUUCAGAAGCUUUUAUCGAAAAAACCUACGUACCAAAAAUGCCCGAACGCAACAUUCCAUAUUCACAAGAGAGACGAGGCAUAAUGAUAAUCAUAUUGUACUCAAAGUACAUGUCAGUCGAAACCAGCAUCAUAUCACGUGAAGUGCUAAUGUGCCAUCUAUGAAUGUGACAACGCUGACAGUAAAAGUGACCGAAAAAUAUGGCUUUUGAAAAGGAAUCUAAUGGUAUUCACGAUCCACACACAGCUCAGAAACUACUGCAAGAGCCAGGCAACAGACAAGUAGUGAACCAUGCCCCAUUCUGGUUCUCGAAACGAUUCCUCGUUGUGAUCUUGUUAUUUAUGGGAAACUUGAACAUAGUCUUGUUGAAGAAUAACCUGAAUAUUGCAAUCGUUGAAAUUCAGUCAAAGAAAAACACCACUGCUGAAAAUGUAACCACAAGUGAAAAUGCAAUCGUUGAAAUUCAGUCAAAGGAAAAUAUCACUGUUGGCAAUGUAACUACUGGAGAAAAAGCAAUCAUUGAAAUUCAGUCAAAGGGAAACAUCACUGUUGGCAAUUUAACUACUGGGGAAAAUGCGAUCGUUGAAAUCCUAUCGAAAGAAAACAUUACUGUUUAUAAUGAAACCACAAGUGAAUCAGAGUACGAUUGGGAUUCAAAAACUGUAGGAAUUAUUCAAAGCUCCUACUCAUUCGGUUACAUAUUUACAGUAUUCGGUGCGGCCAUAAUAAAUAAAUUAGGAGGCGCUAUCACUUAUGGAACAUGUAUACUAAUGAUGGCCGUAAUAAACAUGAUAACUCCGGUUUGUUUACAAUUCAAUUAUUACGUGUUUCUGGGCUCCAGGAUAGUUUUAGGAAUUUUUGACGGCAUCGCCUACAUGGGCGGUCUGGAAAUGCUCUCACGUUGGGCGCCACUUCGAGAAAGAUCGAGAAUAAUGUCAUUGAGUUUUUGCGGAAUAUAUGUCGGGGUUGCGGUGGCUUAUCCUAUUUGUGGAAUUAUAGCAAAUUCAUUGGGCUGGCAGGCUGUAUUUUACUUUUCAGGCAUAUGUGGCAUCAUUUGGUCAACACUGUGGAUAAUUCUUGUUCGAAAUCAACCAUCCAAGGAUAAAUGGAUGUCGAAACAAGAACAGAUGUACAUCGUGGAAAACACACAGACGACUCCAAGGAAACAAAUCGUCCAUCCUUACAGGAAAAUCUUCACUUCGCCUCAAGUCUGGGCUUUGUGUGUAGGUAAAUUUACCUACAGCUGGGGAUUCACUUUAUUGGUUGUAUGUUUCCCACUUUAUGUCAGAGACAUGACCGGACAAACUACCGAUAAAGUAGGCAUAAUAUCUUCUAUUCCAAACUUUGUCUGCAUAUGUACAAUUCCAUUGGCUGGAUUCUUAUUGGAUUUAUGGCAGAAUAACAGCAACCUCAGAGUAACUCAGAUUCACAAGAUCGUCAUGUGCACAGGAUUCAUUUCAGGGGCAGUUCUAUUUUUAAUAGCUUCUCAAAGUUCCAAUUUUACUUUGUCUAUGACUUGCUUUGUGCUGAUAAAGUUCAUCAUUUCUUUCAAUUAUCUCAUUCUACAAAUGGUUUGCCUGUACAUGUCACCGACUCAUUCCAGUAUAUUGGCUGGAAUGUCAUCAUGGUGGUACACUGUCAGUGUUGUUUCGAUACCAAACGUAGUAGGAUUCAUAGUACAACAUGGCACCUUAUCCGAGUGGAGCUUAUGUUUCCUUUUAUCGGGAGGAAUUCUUUUCGCCGGAGCUAUGAUAUUUUUGAUUUACGGUUCCAGCGAACUACAGUCAUGGUCUGUGUCACUACCUUCAAAUAAUGAGAGACAAUUCAGUAUUGAAAAUGAAAAGCCCAAUUACACCUGAACCUCUUUUGGUUUUAUUUUUUCAUAAGUAUAUUUUUCACGUGA